AUGAGCAAAACAGAUUUGAAGAAGAAAGGUGUGGAGCUUCCUGAAGAAUUGGUGAUAAAGAUCAUCACAAGACUACCUCCAAAAAGCAUCUUUAGAUUCAAGUUGGUGUGUAGAGAUUGGAAAUUGCUUAUGGAAUCAAGUUUCUUCAUUGAUAUCUACAGUAAAUCUAAUUGGUCAAUCUUACAUGGAAGUUAUAGAUGCACGACUUCUUUUUUGGAGGAAGUAGAACUCAACCUACAUGGUAAAACUCGUAAUUGGUCUUUCACAAGUGACGUGAUCCGCAAGUAUACUCAAAACAACGUUAAAAUCAAAGAGAUUUGGGUUGUGGCUUGUGCUGAUGGUUUGGUUUUGUUGUGUGUGCUUGAGGAAGAUAUGACAAAACGUUACUACAUUGGUAAUCCUAUGUUAUCACAAUGGAUUCAACUGUCUUCUCCUCCUUAUCUUGCUCAAUACCAUAGCUUUGUUGAUUCAGGUCUUGUAAUACGAAAGCACAAUAGUGCCAUCUUAGGUUACAAGGUGAUUCGUAUAUAUAGUGAAGACAUGACUUCUAUUAUUAGAACAUGGAGUUGGACCUUUCAGAUAUAUUCGUCGGAUACUGGUGAAUGGAGUGUUCAACACGUCUCAUGUCCUGGACUUUAUGAACUUCCGUACAGCAAAUGCAAUCCCGUUUCUUUGAAUGGGAAACUUCAUUGGUUUGAUGAUAUGUACUCCCGGAGAAUUAUUGUACAUGACUUCUUCUCCUAUGAUGAUAAGAUUCGAGAACUCCCCCUACCCGUCUUGAUGAAGAGCACUCAACAUGAGAGCUCACACAAUAAGAUUAUAUGCACUACUUCGCAAGGUUGUUUUGUGCUUAUUGAAGCUGAACUGAUAGAAGAGGUCAAGAGCUAUAAUGUAAGGGUUUGGAGACUAGAGAGUGAUUCUUGGAAUUGGGAAAAGGCUUGGGAAAUUAACAUGGCUUGUGUAGAGCUUGGUGUAAAGUGUGUUCCAAUGGCGAUAAACUAUUUUGAUAUGGACAUUAUCUACCUAUGGGACUUAGACCACAAAUGUUACAUUGCUUGUAAUCUUCGAACACAUACAAAAACUUAUGGAACUCGUAGACAUGGUGCCCCUUGCAAGGAAGAUAGUUUGUGUCUUGAUUCAUAUUGGUACGGUUUGCAAUUUGUUCCAUCCUUGCAAGUCAUACCUACAUAG